AUUUUCCAGUGGUGACACUAAAGAGACUCACCAUGAAAGCCGCACUGUGUUUAGUCGCUCUCAUUUCGGCUGCAUACGCAAUUCCUGUGCUCCAGGAAAAGGAUGUGCCCAAGGAGACAGUAGUGAAGUUAAGUCCAGUUGAAGGAGUCGAGGAUCACGCCGGCGAAGAGGGAGCUGACUUGCAACCUGCCCAGAACUUCUACGGUGGCUACGGAGGAGGCUAUGGAGGUUGGGGUGGUUUUGGGGGAGGCGGCUGGGGUUGGAAUGGUGGCUAUGGAGGAUAUGGAGGAUAUGGCGGUUAUAGACAUGGCUGGGGAGGAGGUGACAGAAGUGUGAGCAUUUCCAUCUCCAACGAAUACUAAGUCUUAUGACCAGAACUAAUUAGAACCUAUUG